GAAGUGCUGGCCAGCAGCAGAGAGUGCUCGUGGGGAGAAAAACACGUCCAUGACAUCAUCCGCCUUGUUGUGAUUCCCGUUCCCACCGAGUUCAGCUCGUGGAUGCUAGCACAGGGUUCCCACACUGAUUAGCCCCGUGGUGCAACUUCAGCUCAUCCGUUACGGUCUGACGCUCACGCCCGCGUUGGUUUUACUUUAAGACUUGCGGUAUCUCUUUUUUUUUCGCUCCGUGGUUUGGCUUUCGAAAUCGCCAUUGUUGGGUUCAGCAGAGUUAUGAGGACGACUGAAAGAUGCUUCCGGUGUAAAAGUGAUAUCUUUAUGAAGGCUGUCGCGAACAAGAGCUCUCUCUCCGUUGUGCUCAUGCGAUCGAGGCUAUUGUUAGAAGAAAUGAAACGGUGUCGGUUGGCGUGACACACCUGGGAUUGUUACAGCAGCCCUCCGAGCACGUAUUCCUACUGCUCCCCACAUCCAGACGUGCCUGCGAGCGGAAAGCAAGCGUUUGUUUCGCCGAAUAUUAGUUAGAGAAGCCAUUCUAGUGUGUGUUAUUUCAUGGGGAUGUGUUCAAGGCAAGAGAGGAUUCAAAAAGACGUCGACAUCGUAAUUCAAAGGUGUAAGGCAGAGAAAGACUGCCUGUUUUCUGACUUUAGAUUCUCCGACUCCACCUUCACCUUCACCUACUCAAAAGGACCUAAAAGGGUGUCCUACUCUGUUCAUGUCUCUGAUGAUUAUCCAGAUAACACGUAUGUGUCUAACUCUGAAAACGAUGAUGAAGUGUUAGUCACCAGGGAUCCAAUACCAGUGAUUUUCCACAGAAUUGCAACAGAAAUACGCAAAAAUAAUGAUGCCACCAGCUGUCUGUCUAUUAAAUCAAAACUUCAAACCGACAAAAACGCAUGCCAUUAUGCUAUAGAGGAGGAUUCAGAGGGUGACAAUGAUUCAGAGGAGUUCUACUAUGUUGGACAGGUAAGUUAUGAUGGAGAGCUUCACAAACACCCCCAUCUGGAGGCUGAUUUGGCAGCCGUGAGGGACUUAUAUGGCCAUCAUGCAGUAUCUCUCAGGGAAUAUGGUGCAAUUGACGAUGUGGACAUCGACCUACACAUUGAUGUCUCUUUCCUAGAUGAGGAGAUUGCACUUGCCUGGGAUGUGAUCCGGAGUGAACCUGUUAUUGUGCGGCUUCACUGCUCCCUCACACAAUAUCUGAAUGGACCAGUUCCCACUGUCGAUGUGUUUCAAGUGUCUUCAAAAGACAGAUUUGGACUUGGACAUCAGCUGAAAAAGGUAAUGCAAACCUUUGUCACACAGCAGUGGAAGUGUCAGAGCAAAGAUAAAAUCAGCCCACACAGCAAAAAGCAAACAGAUAAGAAGGUGAAGUCUCCCCUGCACAUUUUUUCAACUCUACGCAGAUCCCCCAGCUACCCUCCUCCUGGCUGUGUGAAGAGCAAAAAGAAGCUCAAACCUGAGCAGGAUGGCGUGUCAAAGUCCCACCGUCUGUUACGGCGAACAUGCUCAAGCACGGUGAAGCCAGAAAUGGAUGGCUGUGUCGGCAAGUCGCACAAGCUUCUGGGCCACUCUCUCUCCAGCGACCCGCGGAUGGAGCAACAUCAACCCCUCAAGCAGCCCCACCGGCUGCUGCCGAGGCCCUGCUCGACUGCUGUUAAACCGGAGGACUGCCCGCCACUGCGGCCUCAUAAACUGUCGCCGCGGUCGAGCAUGGCAGAGCCUCGCUGCGAACAUGCUGCUGGCAGUAGCGAUGGCAGUGCUUUGAAGCCCCACCGGCUACUGGGCCGCUCCUGCUCAGGCAGUGUGCGGACUGAAGAGCUGGACGGCCUGAAGCACCACCACCGUCUGCUCAGCAGGUCCUACUCCAGCAGCAACAAGAUAGGCAAAAGUGACAUCUUUAAAGAGCCUGUCACUGAGAGCAGACGUCUCUCCCUUACCUCAGGGCUAAUUGGCAUCCUGGCCCCAUCACUCUCUUCCACACCUCAGCCAAACAUCGGCGCCAAAUCCAUUCCAGUCAGAGACAGAGGCUUCCUUGUUCAGACUAUGGAGUAUGCAGAACAGCGUAUUCCUGUACUGAAUGAGUUCUGUGUGGUCUGCGAUGAACCUCACGUGUUCCAAAAUGGACCAAUGCUCAGACCCACAGUGUGUGAGAGAGAGUUAUGUGUAUUCGCCUUCCAAACGUUGGGGGUCAUGAAUGAGGCUGCUGAUGAGAUUGCCACUGGUGCUCAGGUAGUAGACCUGCUGGUCUCCAUGUGCCGAUCUGCGCUGGAGUCUCCGAGGAAAGUUGUCAUUUUUGAGCCAUAUCCCUCUGUGGUGGAUCCCAAUGACUCACAAGCACUUGCCUUCAACCCCAGGAAAAAGGACUAUGACCGAGUGGUGAGAGCACUCGACAGUAUCGCAUCUAUCAGAGAAAUGACCCAGGCUCCAUACCUGGAGAUAAAGAAACAAAUGGACAAGCAUGAUCCCCUGGCUCACCCACUGCUGCAGUGGGUGAUUUCCAGUAACAGAUCACACAUAGUGAAGCUUCCUGUUUCUAGACAACUGAAGUUCAUGCACACACCCCAUCAGUUCCUCCUGCUCAGCAGUCCACCAGCCAAAGAAUCCAACUUCAGAGCUGCCAAAGGCCUCUUCGGGAGUACCUUUGCUUUCCAUGGAUCACACAUAGAAAACUGGCACUCCAUUUUGAGGAAUGGUUUAGUCGUGGCAUCAAACACAAGGCUUCAGCUCCAUGGCGCUAUCUAUGGGAGUGGAAUCUAUAUCAGUCCAUUAUCAAGCAUAUCCUUUGGCUACUCAGGGAUGAAUAAAAAACAGCAGAAAGUUGCUUCAAAAGAUGAAACGGCUGCCAACAAGUCCAAUAUUCAUUUGCAGUCACAGAAGAAAGGCCAGAACCCCCAGUUUCUGCAGAGCCGCAACCUGAAAUGCAUAGCCUUAUGUGAAGUUAUUACAUCUCCAGACCUGCACAAGCAUGGGGACAUCUGGGUAGUUCCAAAUACAGAUCAUGUCUGCACACGUUUUUUCUUUGUUUAUGAGGACGGACAGGUAGGUGACACGAGUAUAAACACACAGGACUCUGGUAUUAAUAGGGAGAUCCUGCGAGUCAUCGGCAAUCAGACGGCUACUGGAUGAAAGAGUUUGAACACAAUACCGCUGCCUUGACCUCUUUCCCAAAGCUGGACAUUUGAGCGUAGGAGGCCAAUACCAUGGGUAUUUUUGGUAACCACAAACACACACGCAGAACAAAAAGUAUAUUCGCUCAAAUCUUCAGAAUACACUAUUUAUACUGUUCCCCUGGGAUACAUGCAUAUUUACACGACAAUUCAAACUAUUACCGUUUUGCUAAGUUUCUAAAUACAAGGUACAUUUUGAAAGAGCAUGGUAUGUCUUUCAGUUCAACUGAUGGACUAAUUUUUUGUAACGAUACAAAAAAUGAAAAACUUUGAAGAAUACAGUAUUUUGAGACUUUCCUGGAGAAAAUACAAUAUUCCUGUGAGGAUAUGUGCCAUCAGACCUUGUUUACUAAGAGUUGUACUUGUUAAAGUACAUUAAUUUGUGUAUACAAAAGGUGUCUACUGUAUAUGCACUUUAUUUUUUUUAAUGUAUGAUAGUUGUUUCAAACUUCCAUGUAAUCUUAAAUGCCUUUCAAAGACAGACAUAUUUAUUGUUUGACAAGUGCUGAACACAAGCGAGCAACUCCUGAUGUUGACUGCAUUUACAGCUGAUGGAGCGUUGACAAGUGUAGUUUGAAAACGAAAUCCCUGUGCUACAGCUUAUAUUUUAUGCUACUUAAAAGUAGCUGUCAGUUUACAAUUUCUAAAGGCCUCAGUUUAGGAUUUGCCCAGAUUUACUGAACCUGCCACUUCAUUAACAUCAUCAUUUUAAACCUACAGUACUGCUGUUACAUUUUCAUUGAUGAGUGACUAUACCAAGUAUGAAAAAAGUAAGAUUAAAAAUACAAAAAAUUAAAAGACCAUGUAUUCGGCAGCAACAGCGAAACAUAAGAUGCAUGCUGCUUUCCUUACAUUUUCAGAUAAUAUGUUUUCCUUGGUAUGGUUAUAGAAUUUUUGAUAAAGGAGAAAAAUCGGCACCCAAUUGUAAAAUGUCUUUGAAUAUUUCAAUAUAAAUCUUUUUUGUAAGGUGAUUUUAAGGCAGAAUAAGUGUUUGCUGCUUGUUGUUUAUACAUUGUAAUGUAUUAACAGAAGGUUCAAAUGUGUGAGUAUUCUGUUCAAUUUUUGCAGUUCUUUAUAGCGAUGUUUAGACACCUGUGUGGUUGUUAACUUUACUUUCUAAACAUUAAAUUGUUCGAUCAUUAAAAUCACUAAAUCUUUUUUGAGAAUGAUCACCUAAUAUAGAUAUUAGUAAUCUGUGCAUAAAGAUUACAUAUUUCGUUGAAGUUCAUUAAAUUGUAUUAAAAAUACUAUACAAGGAAAUGCAAUUUUUACAUGAAGUCAAGAUGUAGCACCACAACAGUUUUGUUUCAUUUAGUUUUUUUUUCUCACUUAUGGGCAGAAUUAUGGGUUUUAUUAAAAUAUGGGCACAUUAAAUAUGUGGUAUUGAUUAUUUUGUGUGCAGAAAAGUAUUUUGUAUUUUUCCAUGGAACUCUGAAAUACUGAUAAAUUCACAUGAUGUUCACUUGCAAUAUAUUCCAUUUGACCAACAGCUUAAUAUUACAUUAAAUCUAAAGUGAAACUUUACGUAAUCCUUAUGCAUUGUCAAGUUUGUCAUUA